GCCGCCACUACCGGGGCCUGAGCGGGCCUGGCGGAGCCCGAGCGCGGCCCCGCCCGCAGCGCGGGGCUCCGAGCGCGGUGAAGCGAUUGUUUUCUGAAAGCUGCGUUGGAGGCUGUGACAGAGCAGAGAACCUGUGUGGAGCUGAUGGGGAGGCUUUCUGAAUAGCAUGGCCCUUCGCCAUUAGCCUUGCCAUGACCACAUUUUUCACCAGCGUCCCUCCCUGGAUUCAAGAUGCAAAGCAGGAGGAGGAAGUGGGCUGGAAACUAGUUCCCAGGCCUCGGGGCCGGGAGGUGGAGAGUCAAGUGAAGUGCCAAUGUGAAAUCUCGGGGACACCAUUCUCAAGUGGGGAGAAGCUGAGACCUCUCCCCCAUCCAGAGCAGAGACCAUAUAGCUGCCCUCAGCUGCACUGUGGCAAGGCUUUUGCCUCUAAGUACAAACUGUAUAGGCACAUGGCCACCCACUCAGCUCAGAAACCUCACCAGUGUAUGUACUGUGAUAAGAUGUUUCACCGCAAGGAUCAUCUGAGGAACCACCUGCAGACCCACGACCCCAACAAAGAGGCUCUCCACUGUUCUGAGUGUGGCCUGCUGGAGCAUCUGAAGGCGCACUCACGCCGUGUAGCAGGCGGUGUCAAGGAGAAGAAGCACCCCUGUGACCACUGUGACCGGCGCUUCUAUACUCGAAAGGAUGUGCGGCGGCACCUGGUGGUGCACACAGGCCGGAAGGACUUUCUCUGCCAGUACUGUGCCCAGCGGUUUGGCCGCAAGGACCACCUGACCCGUCACGUCAAGAAGAGCCACUCACAGGAGCUGCUCAAGAUCAAGACAGAGCCCGUGGACAUGUUAGGCCUGCUCAACUGUAGCUCCACAGUUAGUGUGAAGGAAGAGCUGAGUCCUGUGCUGUGUAUGGCCUCUCGGGACAUGAUGGGGACCAAGGCUUUCCCUGGCAUGUUGCCCAUGGGCAUGUAUGGUGCCCACAUCCCUACCAUGCCCAGUGCAGGCAUGCCACACUCCCUGGUGCACAACACGCUACCCAUGGGCAUGAGCUACCCUCUGGAAUCCUCGCCUAUCUCUUCCCCAGCUCAGCUUCCUCCAAAAUACCAGCUUGGAUCUACCUCAUACUUGCCCGACAAAUUGCCCAAAGUGGAGGUGGAUAGUUUUCUGGCAGAGCUUCCUGGAAGCCUGUCUCUCUCAUCCACUGAACCCCAGCCCGCCUCACCUCAGCCGGCGGCAGCUGCAGCCCUCCUAGACGAAGCACUGCUCACCAAGAGCCCCGCCAACCUCUCUGAGGCCCUCUGCGCUGCUAACGUGGACUUCUCCCACUUAUUGGGCUUUCUUCCACUCAAUCUGCCCCCCUGUAACCCACCCGGAGCCACAGGAGGUCUGGUCAUGGGUUACUCUCAGGCUGAGGCACAGCCCCUUCUCACCUCUUUGCAAGCUCAGCCUCAAGAUUCCCCAGGACCCGGGGGUCCACUGAACUUUGGGCCUCUGCACUCUUUGCCACCUGUCUUCACUUCUGGCUUGAGUACCACCACCCUGCCUCGUUUCCAUCAGGCAUUCCAAUAGCCCCCAAGGAGACCUUUAGCUCAGUCUUGGGCUCUUAUCAGGGAGCCUCAGUACCUACCCCAUUCACAUCCCCCAUGAAGGCAGCUGAGCUUUUGAGAGCCGGGUUCAAAAAGAAAAAUUCCAGUAUCUGUAUGGAGCACUUGGUUUGGAGGUUCAGCUCUAGGUUGAAUUCUGGAGAAGCUUUGAACCCCAACCCCAUGAAAAGAUCUCAUGCCGUAGAACUUCAGGUAUUUUUGCUUCCUUUUAAUCUUUCUUUCUUUUUUUUAAAAUAUAUGAAUCGGGAGCCACACUUAGCCUUCUCCCUCUCCAGAGCAUCAGAAUCUACUCUUUGGAGAAGGGAGAGAGGCCUCUUGGAGAUACAGAGGACUUCAUGUUGGAUAACUUCAAGAGAACUAGGCCCAAGAAGCCCACCUUCUGGUCUCAACCUGCAGGCCCACAGCAGUCAGUUGGUCAGACCCGGCUGCAGAGGGUCACUUAACUCCCUGUCUGCUGCUAACAAGCAGGCAGGAGAAAAGGCUACUUUUCUUCCCCACCACUCCCCUCCCUUUCUCUACCAACACCUCCAUUUUCAGUCAGUGUUGUCCAGCAACAGUACCGUUUACACAGUCACCUCAGACACACCAUUUCACCUCCCUUACCAAGCUGUUAGCCUUAGAGUGAUUGCAGUGAACAUUGUUUACACACUGUGAAUCCAUUCCCACCAGUCCAUUCCAGUUGGCACCAGCUGGAACCAUUUGGUACCUGGUGUUAAUUGGAACCCUGUUUACAAGGCGGAGUCGGGUCUCACUGACUUCUCUUCACUUGAGGUCACAUUUUUUUCCCCUGUGGGGAAAUAAACUGACUUUGGAUUGCUUCAAAAAAAAAAAAAAAAAAGAAAGGUACAAUUCCA